UCGUUUGUUUCAUUCGUGUUGUUGGUAGAGUGCGGAUUGUCAAAGUUUCAAUUUUAGUGUAGAAUCGCAAUAUAUUUUUACAAUAAAAGUGUUCGAUUUAACAAAUAUUUUGACUUAAAUAUUACAAAUAAAUUUAAAAAAAAUCGUAAUAUAAAGAAACCCUUUACAUAAGAACAACCCCGAACGAACAAGUGCUGUGCAAAAAAAGGUUAAGUGUCAAGAAAAGUGUAGAAGGGAUAGCGUAUGAAAAAAUCACGUACCAUCAAUUCGAGAAACCUUGGAGUGUUAAGUAUCCAAUUGAAGCAUCUUACCUGAAGGACUGAAAACCUGUUAAAUACCUGUAGUUUACAACAACUGGCAAAAUAAACGCAUUUGACCAUACGCUAUACGCACAUAUAUACAAUUAAAAAAGAACAAGUUGAACGCAAAGUAAAAACUUCAAUAUAAAAAAAGAUUAUAAUAAAAAGGACAUUUCUUGACAAAUUUUCGACUAUUUUAAAUAUAAAUCUAAACAGUGUAAACAUUUCUGACCAAUUAUAGUGAAAACAGUUUGCAAAUAAAAACAAAUAGAAGUGCUAACACUUGCUGAAUAAAAAAAAUCAGAACUUCCUUCAUAAAGAAGGUGCAGCAUCACUGCCUUGAAAAUGCAGAUCUCAUGCAAAUGUUUAAACUUUAUAGCCACCAGUAAUAGUCAGGCUGCUAAUAGCAAUAAUGUUGGUAUUAUUAGUAUUGGCAGCAAUACGUCUGCCGCAACAACUCGCAAUCCGGCUGCUGCUGAUGAGGAUAGCAGCAUGCCAUUAGCUCAACAAUGUAAUGACGGCAGUGGUAAUAAUAAUAAUGCUAACAAUUUGUGCACCACAUUAAUGCAUGCGUUCCUGCAACGUUUUCCACGUACUUUCAUCUUCUAUUCACAGUGUAUGGAGUUCUUCAAACAGGCCAUUGGUCCCAUAACGGAUCUCAACAUUCACACGCUAAAUCAACGUGAUUUAGUCUACAGUAUAACAUUGGAGGUACCAACCGGACAAGAGCAGCCGCUCACACAAGCCUGGCAACUUAGUAUUUGCGUUAAUUGCAAUACGGCGCUUUGUGCCAAGCGUCUGCCCGCACCGACACCGGCUGGGGCACCAGCCGCACUCACCAUUAACCCACCGCAAUUCCUUAUUAAUUGCUCGCUGCUCACAAACAACGAGGAAUUGUCACUCAGACGUGCGGACAAGUCGUUUUCCGACACUUUUGGUCUGCUCAUCAUGGAUCAUCCACAAUUACAAUUGGAACAGUCGAAUAUCGGUGCGUUGUCUAAUUUUUCGGUUGGUUCACUAUCGACUGCGGUGCCAUCAAUGCAGCAAGACAUAAAACAGCAACGUUUACGGCAAUUGCAACAGAAUUUGCAACAGCGUCUCAAACGCGAAAUAGCCGAAACGGACGAACGUAUACAGCGCUACACCGAGCAACAGUUUGCAUUGUUGAAGAGUUUCCGUGAAAAAUCGGAACAAGAGUAUGCACUGUUGGGCCGUCUAAUCCAACGAGUGCCGGAACAGCAGGCAAUCGAAUUUUUAGAUCGGGCGCCGCCCGCAUUGGAGGUUAUUGGUGGCGGUGGCGGUGUUGGUGGCAGUUAUGCGUCACGUCGGCGCAACACCAUUAGUAGUCGUCGCGACAUUAUGUCUGUAACGACACCGACUACCCCAACAACACCGAAUCCCACAAGCGGAGUGCAUAUGCUUACACUGCCGUUAGCCACAACGGCUCCCUCAACACCCAGUGCCAUGGAUACAACAAAUACUCAGGGAAUCAGUGCUGGUGCCACAACACACCACACACCAGCAACAACAUUGAGCAGCACAGUAUUGGCGACGACAAUUGUCGGCAGCAACAGUGUUAAUCGUCGUGUCUCCAAUUUUGAUACGCCACCGGCGACUCCAGAAGCCACACCAAUGAGUGUGGGCAAUAGUCCCACCUUCCGACCACAACAGCAACAGCAGCAACAUCAUCAGCAACAACAGCAACAAUCAUCAUUGACACAACAACAAUUUGUACGUAUUGCAGCCAAUUCCUUCCAACAACAAUUCCCAACACCAACAGUCGAAGUGGCUGACGAUUGCCUCUUCGAAUUGGAGGGUAUUGAUGGUGGUGGCGCUCCGCCUGUCAACAAUAGCUCACCCUACAGUGCGCUCGUGUCGAACUUGUCACAAAAACUGCCAUAUCAUCAGCAGCAGAGAUUGCUGAAUAACCACGCACAUCCGCAUUAUCACCAACAGCAUCACUAUCACGGCAGGGAUAUGAGUGAUGUGGACGAAAGCGAGGAUGACGCUGGCGAGGCAGAAGUUGCCCUUGAUUUGGACAGCACAAUGCCAAUAUCGAUGGGUUCACGACCAAUUGUUGCCGGACAACAGCGACCUGGUGCCGCUGCUAUCGCAGCCGAUGUAAUGAACUUCGCCAAGAGUCUGCCAAUUGAAAUAGCAAACUCACCAAUGACUACUGGACGUUCCUAUGUGAAUGCGCUACAUGAAAAUGAAUUGGACAACACCGUUGAUAUUGCUGCAAGCAUUAAAGCGUUGGCCAAAAGUGUUCAUGGCGAAGCUGUGUUUGGCGAUUUACCACGUCCACGUAUGCGUUCGCAAAUUUAAAGUUUACAAGCAUAAAAAAAAAUGUAUACACACGCAUACAUACAAACCUUUGUAUUUACAUACUUGAACUAUAGUAGUUUGCUCAAUGUAAAGAAUAAAAAAAAAUAUAUAUAUAUGUUUGAAGUGCUUGUACAACAUCAUAAUAAACUAAUAGAUACUAUAAUGCAUAUUUUCAUAAUUAAACACAUACAUACAUAUAGUAUAUUAGAUAUAUAUAUAUAUAAUAUAAGUAUAUAAACUUUUCUUCUAAUAGCUUUAUAUUUGUCAUUAAUUAUCAUUCAAUGAAAUGGAUUAUGUUAAGCAUGUGAGAUAUUCAAUAAUACUAAUAACUAAACAAUAAAAAUUUGAGAAUAACUUUGAUUUGUUCAACAGAAAAUAUACAUAUGUAUGUGUGUUUGCGCAUCCGAUAAGAAUUUUGCGCAAAGAAAUUGAUUUCAUCUCUGCCUCAUUUUGUGGCUUUAUUUAAAUUUAAUUUUUAUUAUUUAGUAUAAAAACGACAAAAUAUUAAAUUAAAACAAACUAUUUGCAUAUGUACAUAUAUAUACAUAUGUGCCAACUUCAUUGCUGUGUAAUAGUAUGCAUUAUUAUAUUACUAAUUUAAAAACAAAAAUCAUUUUUUCUCCUUUGUCGCACACGGAAGCUCUAUAAUUAUAUGCAUAAAUUAUUGUUUUGCCAAUAAUUGUAAUGAAUACGAGUUUAAUUUUGGAAAUUAAUUUUAAUUUGUAAUACAUAUCUAUGUAGUUUUAAGUUUGUGUUUUUGUAUGCUUUC